AUGAGAACCGCACAUUGUAGUUGCAAUGCAAUACCACUAGUGGGUUCAAGCUUCGAAAGCAAUGAAACACUGUUACAAAGACAUAGAGAUCAAGCUGAAGACGAUGAGAAAGAACCUACAAGUAUCGGUCUCGGAGAGGAUGAAGAAGAAGAAGAUGAUGAUGGAGCUAAUAGUAUGGAUCUAGAAGGAGAUGUGGAAGAAGAAGAAGAAGAAGAAGAAGAAGAAGAAGAAGAAGAAGAGAAGAAUCAUAUAUGUUCUGAAUGUGGUAAAUGGUUUAAGUCUGGUAAGGCUUUAGGAGGUCAUAAAAGGAUUCAUUUACUCGAAAAUCAGAAACUCUCAAUGGUGAGGCCAAAAAUGAUGUCUGGUGAAUCCGAAGUUGAUUGUUGUGUUUGCCAUAAGAGGUUUAUAUCAAUGAAGGCUUUACAUGGACACAUGAGGUUUCAUCCAGACAGAGGAUGGAAAGGAGUUUUGCCUCCUCCUCCUCCUCCUCCUCCUCAUCCACUAGGUAAUUCAUCAUCUUCUACACUCUCUAUUGAUGAUCAUGUUGGUGAGUUUACAAGCUCGGAUUAUGAUGAUGAUGGCUAUGAUAACACUGAUGCAAAGGAUCAGAUUGAUGAAUCAGAUUUGAAGGAUAAUAUUGAUGCAAAGGAUCUAUUGCUCUUAGCUACUACUGCGGAAGCUGUUAAUCUAGAUGUUGUAGAGACUUCUGAUUCACCUUCUGUAGAAGAAAUGAUGAUGAUGAAUAAGAAGAAGAGAAGAUUAUCUGAGAUAGAGAAAGUAUCAUCAUUAUCAUCUACUCACGAUCACCAUCAGCUUGGGGAUGUUGUUGCUGCUGCUGCAGCUGAGGAAGGUGGUGGUGGUGGUGCACGUGAGAAGCACGUGUGUGUGACUUGCAACAAGUCGUUUACUUCUUAUCAAGCUUUAGGAGGUCAUAGAGCAAGUCACAACAAGGUCAAAAUUUUGGAGAAUCACCAAGCUAGGGCAAACGGUGAUGCUCUAUUACUUGGUACCCAAGCAAUGAUAACCGGUUUACCUAGUGCUCAAGCAUCAAACACAUCUUUAAGCAGUAGCAAUAAUGGAGAUCACAUUUGCGACAUUUGUCAUAAAAGUUUCCCAACGGGUCAAGCUCUUGGAGGUCAUAAGAGACGCCAUUGGACUGGACCAGUUUCUAGUGAAGCUGCAACCUCUGCUCCAACCGCCCCAGCAGCAGGUUCUUCUAGUCAAGUAACAGAGGCAGUGCAAGAGGUAAAUAAAUUUGAGUUUGACUUGAAUGAGUUGCCACCUAACGAAGAAUAAGG